AUGCCCGAGCUCAAGGUCGGCGCCUCGUUCCCCGACGACGUCGCCUUCACCUACAUCCCCCCGUCUCCCGAGCGCGACAUCAAGGUGUGCGGCAUUCCGCAAAAGUACGACGCCAGCAAAGAGUUCAAGAGCAAGAAAGUCAUCCUCGUCUCCGUCCCCGGCGCCUUCACCCCAACCUGCCAAGCCUCCCACCUCCCCUCGUACCUCGACAACAAGGCCAAGCUCAAGGCAAAGGGCGUCGACCACGUCGUCGUCAUCGCCUAUAACGAUGCCUACGUCAUGUCUGCCUGGGGCAAGGCCAACGGCGUGACCGAUGACUUUGUCAUCUUCGCCUCCGAUGCCGAUGCCAAGUUCAGCAAGAGCAUCGGCUGGACCCUUGGCGAACGCACCGCCCGAUACGCCAUCGCCGUCGACCAUGGCAAGGUCGUCUACGCGAGCCAGGACGACGACGCCAAGUCCAUCGACCAGUCGGGUGCCGAGGCGGUCCUGGGGAAGCUGUAG